GGCGCCGAGCCGGGCGGCUGCUGCGGCGGGUACAAGCCGGGGCCACCGCUCCAAGCCCGAACGGGAGUGGCCCCGCGCAGGCAGGGAGCAGCGUCGCGCACUCCAGCCCCGCGGGCACCUCGGGGGCAGGCGCCGGGCGCAGCCUCCUCGUUCCAACCUCUCUGACAAGCGCCCCGGGGCCGGGAGCCCGGCUGCCAGGCGCGAGGUGGGCGCAUUCGCGGUUUCUGGGCUCGUGAGAGACCCCCCCCCCCCGGGCGUCGCGAUGAACAUCGUGGUGGAGUUCUUCGUGGUCACUUUCAAAGUGCUCUGGGCGUUCGUGCUGGCCGCGGCGCGCUGGCUGGUGCGGCCCAAGGAGAAGAGCGUGGCGGGCCAGGUGUGCCUUAUCACCGGCGCCGGCAGCGGCCUGGGCCGCCUCUUCGCGCUAGAGUUCGCCCGACGCCGGGCGCUGCUGGUGCUCUGGGACAUCAACACGCAAAGCAACGAGGAGACGGCGGGCAUGGUGCGCCACAUCUACCGAGACCUGGAGGCUGCCGAUGCCGCCGCGCUGCAAGCUGGGAAUGGUGAGGAAGAGAUUCUGCCCCACUGUAACUUGCAGGUUUUUACCUACACUUGUGAUGUGGGGAAGAGGGAGAAUGUCUACCUGACGGCGGAGAGGGUCCGGAAAGAAGUUGGUGAGGUCUCGGUCCUGGUCAAUAAUGCCGGUGUGGUCUCGGGGCAUCACCUUCUGGAAUGUCCUGAUGAGCUCAUUGAGAGAACCAUGAUGGUCAAUUGCCACGCACACUUCUGGACCACUAAGGCUUUUCUUCCUACAAUGCUGGAGAUUAAUCAUGGACAUAUUGUGACAGUUGCAAGCUCCUUGGGACUAUUCAGCACUGCUGGAGUUGAGGAUUACUGUGCCAGUAAGUUUGGAGUUGUGGGUUUUCAUGAAUCUCUGAGCCAUGAACUGAAAGCUGCUGAAAAGGAUGGCAUUAAGACGACGUUGGUUUGCCCUUACCUUGUAGACACUGGCAUGUUCAGAGGCUGCCGGAUCAGGAAAGAAAUCGAGCCUUUCCUGCCGCCCCUGAAGCCCGAUUACUGUGUGAAGCAGGCCAUGCAGGCCAUCCUCACCGACCAGCCCAUGAUCUGCACACCACGGCUCAUGUACAUUGUGACCUUCAUGAAGAGCAUCCUCCCUUUCGAAGCUGUGGUGUGCAUGUAUCGGUUCCUAGGAGCGGACAAGUGUAUGUAUCCCUUUAUUGCUCAAAGAAAGCAAGCCACAAACAAUAAUGAAGCAAAAAAUGGAAUCUAAGAACCUUGCAGGUUUUUUGGUACUGAAUAUCAUUUGUAUCAGAAGACGAUCAAAAUGUUUCAAUCCAGUAAUCCAGUGCACAUCAACAUUACUGACACCCUCUGGAAUCUAUACCCAUGUUGACUUUUUUUUGGUUUUUUAAAAUCAACUUCUAAAGAAAUAAAGUGUGAAUUAA